AUGGAGCUCGCGUCCGGCAGUUGGUCCCGCGACGAGCAUGAGCGCUUCCUCGUUGCGAUUCAAAAGUACCCCCGCGGGCCGUGGAAGAAGGUGGCCGACCUCGUCGGCACGCGCACCGUGCGCCAGACGCAAACGCACGCGCAAAAGUUUCGUGAAAAGCUAGCGCGCCACGAACGCGCCGCCCUCGCGACCGCGGCAACACCUGCGCUCCUCGACGAAGCGGCGCUCGUACCAUUGCCGUACGAUGCAAGCAGCACUGGACUUGUACUAGGUAGCAGCCCGCGAGACGACGUGAUGCCGCACACAACGGUGUCGGACGCCGCGUCGCUGCCGUCACUGGCCGAGUCGAUUGAUUUCUUGAUGAGCGUCAUUGCCAACGCUGACAACGCGCCGUCACUGCCUGCGUAA